AUGCAAUCGACACUGGCUAUCAGAUUGGUCGAAAACUAUAGGAAGUUUUACAGCGGCACUUUUCGCCAGAGACUUAUGAUGAUUUAUAUUCCUGAUAAAGUCGACAUCAGUCACCUUUACAACAUUCCGCAUCUCGCUUCGCGCCAUUUCGACCUUCUCUUUCCUUUUUGUUUAUACUGGACAGCCAAGGCAAGCAUCUUUUAUCUUCCUCCUUUUUUUUCUUCUUUCCUCUUUUCUUUCUUUCUACCGUUUUAUUCUUUGAAGCGUUUGUUUGCCGCCCUAUCCGCCUUCUCCUUCCAUAUUAACCUUUUCUACAUCUUUCAUUUUACGUAUUUUCUAUUGUACUUGUCUUUUCCUCCAUUGCAUCUUCUUUUUCAGCCAUCCUUCUUCUCAUACUCCUCAUCUAAACCCUUUUCCUCAGUCUUUCCACCCUCCUUCUGUGUAAAUUUAUGCUUCUUCAUCUUUUUUCUUUUUCGCUUCUUUCUUUUUCAUUUAUCCUUCUUUCUUUCUUUCUUUUUCUUUCUUUCUUUAUUAAUUAUUUUUUUCUUUCUUUCUUUCUUUCUUUAUAAUUCUUUCUUUCUUUCUUUCUUUCUUUCUUUCUACCAUCUAAUAACUCUGUUUUGGAGAGCUUAUAUGACUUCUUCUUCUCCCCUUCUUCCUCCAUUAUCAUCGAAUUAUCAUUUAACUGUUUCUUUGUCGCCCGACAUUUCUUUUUCCCUUUCUAUUUUCUCAUUUUCCUCCUCCUAUUUUAUUUCAAACAUUUUCUCUUCUCUCUCAACUUUUUAUUUAUAUAAAUCAUUCUUCUUCUUCUUCUUCUUGCUGUUUCCUUGUCCUUGUCAGCUUCUUCUCACUCCUUUGAUUAUUUUUUCUCCUCCGCCUACUCCUGUACCUCCAACUCCUUUAUUUAAAGCAUUUUCUUGCUUUUCUUUCAUCGAAUCAUUUCUUCUUGUUGGCAUGUUCUUUCUUUUCUUAUUUUGUUGUUGUUUUCUUUUUUUGUCUUGUUCUCCUCCUCCACUACAACCUUCUUCUCCUUAUCCUCUUCCUUCUUCUUCUUUUUCUUCUUCUUCUAGUCGUUUCCUCCUCUUCGCAACCUUUACUCGUCUUCUGCUUUUCAUUUCUCCUCCUUCUACUCAUCUAGCUUUUCCAUCUUUAUCUUAA